AUGAAGCGGAUAGCCGAGCUCUACGCCUACUCCGUGGACAAAUCCACAGCAGUUUUCAACCUGAGGAAAAAGGAGGAAAUUGCCAAGAAGAAAAAGAGCGAAAUGAAUUGGCUGGACAAACUGUGCUCAGAAUAUGAAAAAACGAAGAAGGACACAUUUGAUUAUUUCACCGUUAAAAAAAUCGAAUGGAAAAAUAAACUGAACGACUCGAAAUUUUCUUCCUGCUUCAAAUGCGAGAACUCCAAGUAUGGACACCUCCCCUGGUAUAAGAAGUUGUACUACAUAUUAAAAGGGCAUGUCUACAAACUUUUGAACAUUGCUGAUGGGGAAAAAAACGUGGACGGAGGGAGAAACGACGAGGGAGGAAAAUACGAAGAGGGACAAUCCCCUAUAACAAGCCCCCAACCCAGUCAGCAAGAAAAAACAAUAACCAGAGAGUUCGUUAGCUACGAAAAUUUAGACUACAGACGUGUACAGAAGACAAAUAAUGCAGAGGAUUCGCUGUUUAGUAAGUAUAAGGAAAGGUUCAGAAAGGCAGGAGACAGUGAGGCCUACCUAAGCGAGCGCAGCCAGUCCGAAUUGAUCAAGAGGAAACUGUCUUCGAUUGGCCCCACAGCCGUACGAAGCAAUAAGAGCAUAAUGGAGGAGGGCGCAGACCCCGAGUUGUGCGCUACAAAUUCGCUCACGCAGGAGGCGGCAAGGGGAGAAGUAGAAGCGGAAGCCGAAGCAAAAGCAGACACGGACACAGGCAACCAAUCCAUCGACGCGGAAGAAGCAAACAACAACAGGAAGAACUUGCUUAACGUGGAGGAGUCCCCCAAGUUUAAUAUAAAAAACACGUGGGAAAAACUGAGCGGGUACAUUUCGUAG